AUGAACCAUAUGUUCAGCGAUUUGAGCACCAAAUACGACAAUGUCGCGAGUCAUAUGGACAUUCAGAUUGCUCAGACUGCUGAGAGCGUCAAGAGGCAACAAGGUACUCUACCUGGGAAAACCGACAAAAACCCUAAGGAGUGCAAUGCGGUUGAGUUGAGAAGCGGAAAGCAACUGUCUGAGCCGGUAAAGAAGAGGUUCACUGUGGCUGAGAAGGGGAAGCAGAAAGAGUCGGAACAACCACCAGCCGAUACCCCGGCAGCUAAGAAGGAGAGGGAACCAACAAUUGGAACCAAUUCGCCAGAACCAGAACAACCAGCUGAGGCUGUCCGCCCGAUCCCAGAGCCUGUUCCUGCUCGCGAAUACACUCCUAAAGUCCCUUACCUUGUUCCAGCAAAGGCUACUCGUAAGGACCGAGAGGAGAUGAAGUGCAGAAAGAUGCUGGAGGACCUAACCGUCCGACUCCCCUUGAUGGAUGCGAUCCAGAUGCUGCCCUCCAUGCGCAGCUUUAUGAAGGGAUUGAUCUCAGGAAAAAUAUCAGAGGAGAGCGAAUUCAUGACUGUCUCUAAGGAGUGCAAGGAGUGCAACGCCGUGCUUCAGAACAUGCAGAUAAAGAAGCGAGGAGACCCUGGCAAGUUCGUCCUCUCUAUCCAGAUUGGGAAGACAGUUUUCUCAUGCGCCUUGGUUGAUCUGGGAUCCAGCGUAAACCUCAUGCCCUACUCUGUAGCACGACGUCUGGGAUACACGCAUUUCAAACCAACUAAGAUGUCCUUCAUGUUCGCGGAUAGAUCAGUUAAGUCCCCGGUUUGUAUUCUGGAGGAUCUCCAAGUAAAAUUCAGGAACACCUCUGUUCCAGCAGACUUCGUAGUUCUAGAGCUGGAAGAGGAAUCAAAAGAUCCUCUCAUCUUAGGAAGACCGUUCCUAUGUACUGUUGGAGCCAUCAUUGAUGUGCGGCAAGGGAAGAUUGAUCUCAAUCUGGGAAACAUAGUCAUGCAGUUCGAGAUGGAUGAGCUGCUGAAGAAGCCAAUGCUGGAUGGACAGACCUUCGAGGUGGAUGAAGGGAUUGAUCCGCUGCAACCUCGCGACGGGAUGAUCGAGGAGAUUCCUACAGAAGAUCCACUUGAGCUUACACUAGUAAGAGCUGAGGCCGAGCAGAGUGUCGAGAACAUUGACGCAGACGGGUAUGCUAAGAUGCUUGACUCCGCAAGUAGUAUGGGAAGAAUGGUGGCGAGUCUAAGUCUGGGGGAAGAAAGCAACAAGGACGAGAACACUCCAACUGGAGCGACCCCUUUACCGAACUCGCCGAACCUACCUGAUGAUCCCUGGAGUGAGUUGAAGGCUCCCAAGGUUGAGCUAAAACCCCUUCCCAAGGGGCUCAGGUACGCUUUUUUAGGUCCGAAUUUCACUUAUCCUGUCAUUGUGAACGCUGAACUCAAAAAUGUGGAAACUGUAUUGCUUUUGUGUGAGCUUAGGAAGUAUCGCAAAAAGGGAGUCGAGAAUGGGGUUGCAGACCACUUGUCCAGAAUGAAGAUUGAGGACGACACAUCUCUUGAUGAAGAACAAACAGUGGAACACGUCAACGCGAUUGGUCUGCGCUUCGCGUAA